AUGUCGGGGUGGAACGUGUGCACCCUCACCCGGCAGCCCCAGCAUGGCAUCCGGGCUGCGGCGAGCGCUUGCGCCGGCUUCGCCGCGCCGCCGGCGCGCUGCAGUGGCGGGAGGCAGGCCAUGAACGCCUCCUUUGGCGCCUUCAAGCUCGUCAAUACGUACGGCGCGUUCGGCAGCGUGGGCGAGGCGCGGUACGAGCCCAUCGUCGAGUUCCCCUGCAAGCCCGGCGCGGUGACUCGCCGGCCAUGCUUCUGCGCUCCCUACCACUACCGGCUCGACUGGAACAUCUGGUUCCUCGGCUUCAAGCCGCACCAAAGCAUGCUGCAGCGGCGCGAGCGAGGCGAGACGCGUCGCGACAUGACAUCAAAGUGUUAA